AGCCCGUGGCCGGGCUGGGAGGAAGGAGAAAGGCGGCGAGAGUCGGGUUACAAGAUGGCGGCGGCGCUGCGGUAGCUGCUGAGGCGGCGGAGCGGCGCCAGCGAGGGCCUGGAGCCGGGGCGCGGCGUCGCUCUCUCGCCGUCGGGGAAGCCAUGAAAAGCGGCGCGUUAAAGGCCUCCCCGUGCCCCUGAGCGGCCCCGAUUCCUCUCGCCAUCGCCCCUCUCCCCGGAGGCGGAGUGGGCCCGGGGCCUGGGCCCGGGGGCCGGCGCGGAGGCCCGAGACCGGGGCUGCACCAUGUCGGACACCCGUCGGCGGGUGAAGGUCUACACCCUCAACGAGGAUCGGCAAUGGGACGACAGGGGCACCGGGCACGUCUCCUCCACCUACGUGGAGCGGCUGAAGGGGAUGUCCCUGCUGGUGCGCGCCGAGUCGGACGGUUCACUACUGUUAGAAUCGAAGAUAAAUCCAAAUACUGCGUAUCAAAAACAGCAGGACACCCUGAUUGUUUGGUCGGAAGCAGAAAACUAUGAUUUAGCACUGAGUUUUCAAGAAAAAGCUGGCUGUGAUGAAAUUUGGGAAAAAAUCUGCCAGGUGCAAGGCAAGGAUCCUUCAGUGGAAGUCACACAGGACCUUAUUGAGUCAGAAGAGGAACACAUAGAAGAAAUGCCUGAAACUAGCCCUUUGAUCGACCUUCCUACUUGUGAACUCAACAAACUUGAAGAGAUUGCUGACCUAGUUACCUCUGUUCUCUCCUCACCCAUCCGUAGAGAAAAACUAGCGCUAGCCUUGGAGAAUGAAGGCUAUAUUAAAAAACUGUUGCAGCUUUUCCAAGUCUGUGAGAAUUUAGAGAACACCGAAGGCUUACAUCAUUUGUAUGAAAUUAUUAGGGGAAUUUUGUUCCUCAACAAAGCAACUCUGUUUGAGGUGAUGUUUUCUGAUGAGUGUAUUAUGGAUGUUGUUGGAUGCCUUGAGUACGAUCCUUCUUUGGCGCAGCCAAAACGGCACAGGGAGUUCUUGACCAAAACUGCAAAAUUUAAAGAGGUUAUUCCUAUAACAGACUCUGAACUCAGGCAAAAAAUCCACCAGACUUACAGGGUACAAUAUAUUCAGGACAUCAUCUUGCCAACACCAUCUGUUUUUGAAGAGAAUUUUCUUUCUACCCUCACUUCCUUUAUUUUCUUCAACAAAGUUGAGAUUGUCAGUAUGUUACAGGAAGACGAGAAAUUUUUGUCUGAAGUUUUUGCACAAUUAACAGAUGAAGCUACAGAUGAUGACAAACGAUGUGAAUUGGUUAACUUUUUCAAGGAAUUCUGCGCAUUUUCUCAGACGUUACAGCCUCAGAACAGAGAUGCAUUCUUCAAAACUUUGGCAAAGUUGGGAAUUCUCCCAGCUCUUGAAAUUGUAAUGGGAAUGGAUGAUCUGCAAGUUAGAUCUGCUGCUACAGAUAUAUUUUCUUAUCUAGUAGAAUUUAGUCCAUCCAUGGUCCGAGAAUUUGUAAUGCAAGAGGCUCAGCAGAGCGAUGAUGAUAUCCUCCUCAUCAAUGUGGUCAUUGAGCAGAUGAUCUGUGAUACUGACCCUGAGCUGGGGGGAGCUGUUCAGUUAAUGGGGCUCUUGCGCACUCUGAUAGAUCCAGAGAAUAUGUUGGCCACAGCUAAUAAAACGGAAAAAAGUGAGUUUCUCAAUUUCUUCUACAACCAUUGUAUGCAUGUUCUGACUGCACCACUUCUGGCUAAUACAUCAGAAGACAAAUGUGAAAAAGAUGCAGUAGUUGGGUCUGCUAAGAGUAGUACAGUUUGUCCUGAUAAUUACCAAACGGCACAACUACUUGCCUUAAUUUUGGAGCUGCUUACUUUUUGUGUGGAACACCACACGUAUCACAUCAAGAAUUACAUUAUGAACAAAGAUUUGCUAAGAAGAGUCCUGGUCUUGAUGAAUUCAAAACACACAUUUCUGGCUUUGUGUGCUCUUCGCUUUAUGAGGAGGAUAAUUGGCCUAAAAGAUGAGUUUUAUAACCGUUAUAUCACCAAGGGAAACCUAUUUGAACCAGUUAUAAAUGCUCUGUUGGAUAAUGGAACUAGGUACAAUCUGCUUAACUCUGCUGUGAUUGAGCUGUUUGAAUUCAUCAGAGUGGAAGAUAUCAAGUCCCUUAUUGCACAUAUAGUUGAAAAUUUUUAUAAUGCACUUGAAUCUAUUGAGUAUGUUCAGACAUUCAAGGGACUGAAGACAAAAUAUGAGCAAGAAAAAGACCGACAGAACCAGAAACUGAACAGUGUCCCAUCUAUAUUGCGUAGCAAUAGAUUUCGCAGAGAUGCCAGAGCCUUAGAGGAGGAUGAAGAGAUGUGGUUCAAUGAAGAUGAAGAGGAAGAAGGUGAAGCUGUUGUACCUCCGGUUGAGAAGUCAAAACAGGAGGAUGAUUUUCCAGAUAGCUAUGAAAAAUUUAUGGAAACUAAAAAAGCUAAGGAGAGUGAAGACAAAGAGAAUCUUCCAAAAAGGACCUCAGUUGGGGGAUUCAAAUUCACUUUUUCCCACUCAGCCGGCGCAGCCAACAGUGCGAACGGUGCAAACAGUAAAUCUGUGGCAGCUCAGACAUCACCAGCAAGCUCCAAUGGCUCCUCUUCAAAGAACACAACCCUGACCACGGCAGUGACUGCCACCAAGGGAAGUCUAGUUGGCCUAGUGGAUUAUCCUGAUGAUGAAGAUGAUGAUGAAGAGGAGGAGACAUCUCCAAGGAAAAGACCUCGUCUGGGUUCAUAAAGGAAACCAAAACUUUGGAAUAAAAACUUUUUAUUAUGGGGUUUCAAAUGCUGCAACUGUUUUAAGAGCUAAAGAGUUUGAUUCAGAAAGCUUUCUCCCAUGAGUAUAUAAGAUAAUUCAAGGAGUAGCAAAAGAAACUCAGUGUAUCAGCUAGAAAGGGUUAGUUCUGUAAACACAAAGCUUCCAAGGAACUUAAUAACUUUCUAGUAAAGUAAGGAGUCUGCCAUUCAGGCUGUCAAAAAAAUAAAAUUUAAAAAAAAAAAAAAAAAAAAAAAAAAAAAAAAAAAGUUGGGCUAGUAUUCACAAUACCUGGAUGAUGGCUUCUCAGUAAGGAAAGUCUCAGGUGUCGGGAGGGCUGGGGGAGGGAAAGGUAUGGUAAACAUUUUUUUUAAAUAUUGCAGGGUUUCCCCAGUGCUUAACAGAACUAGGAAAAAAAAAUACAUUAAAGCUUAAAUUGUGAACACAGUAAUCUUAAUUCUGUAAUGGUGCUGUCAGUUGUGUUCUUCUAGCAACGCCUCUUAAAAAAAUUUAAGGGAAAACUAAUGCUGUUUGCAUAAGAACAAUCCAGAUUUCGGGACCAUUUCGUAACAAUUAAAUUGCAUUUCUCAUGUUUGGAGGGAGGGACACUGCAGUUAUAGUGCAUGUUGUUUAAAACUGUUAAAAAUAAGUUUUAAUUUGUAUUUUUCAAGAGGAGAAAAUGGAAGCUGGAUUCAAAAUGGAUGGGUUUGCUCAUUUUCUUUCCUAUUAGACACCCGGUAAUCUAUGCCAAGGAAUGAUUGCUUCGAAAAUAUUUCCAGGAGCUGCUUGUGUGAAAGUGGUGACUUGGCCACCAGUGUGGGUGGUGCCGCCUCAGAACCGCUUUCCAUGCUGAGGAAUGAGCUGCCUCUCCUUGAUGCAGUGAGCCUUUCUCCAGAUGGAGAGCUUAAAUUGCCUAAUUGAGGGGGUAAUAAGGAACACUAACAGGUUUUGUGUAACGAAUUCAGUGGCGUUUUAACACCAAAGUCACUUUGGACCAAGAUGGAAUUGUUAUUUACUAACAGAACACUGGUCUCUGAGGCAGAAUGAAAAAGCAGCGCCUGAAUCUGGGUGUGACACGAAAGCUGCUUUUUUAAAAAAAUAAAAGCACAUUCCACAGAGUAGAUGAGCAAACUGCGAUAAAAAUAGGUGAAUUGGUGGCAAGGUGAUGGAGGCAAACAGUCCCGGUUUUAUUUUCAAAAGCAGCGAGUGAACUGUAAAUAUUUUCAUGUUAGUUUGCCCAUACGUGAUCUGAGAUCAUGGUGAGAGGAAAUUUCCCAACAAUUAAUGUGUCAGAAAUGUUAAAAUACAAAACCAGCUGCAAUUCACCACAUAAAUCCUUCUUGUAAUAUGUGUUAUGGGUCCAUUUCUCCUGGAAUAGUUUAAACUGAAGCAGUUUAUCUGUUUUGGAGAUUUUUUUUUGUAGUUAAUUUUAGCUAUUGUUUGGAAAAAGAUGGGCUGUCUGUGUAGAUAUGAAGUAUAGUUUUUUCCAUAAAACAGAAGUUUAUUUUGUAUUAAAAAUACCACUGUACUUGUUUUACACCAUUUGUAUACAUGUGGUGAUAUUAAUGCUGAACUGUAAAAUUCAGGAAUUAAAAUGUGACCCAGUAAUUCCAUAA